AUGGUGGAGCUAACAAGUCCCGAUCACCCUGUAAAGAAGACAAUAAACAAUGCUGUUUUCAUUGUUCCUGCAAUAGCCUUCGUACUUUUUGCGGUGUUUUGUGUAUGGAAGAUUUACAAUAUACUCAAUGAGCCUCGAUCUUCCAAAAUGAAAAAGAACAAGGUCGCCAAGAAGAAACCAAGUUUCUACACAAAACGCAGCACAACUGAAUCUGAAAGGCGAACCGGAGUUAAAAGUGCAAUUUCUCCUCACAAGUAG